AUGGAACAAAGGAAUCAAACUGCUGUUUCAGAAUUUAUCCUCCUGGGACCUUCAGAGGAGGGAAAACUGCAGCCACUGCUCCUGGAGUUCCUGUCCAUGUACCUGCUCACCUUCAGUGGGAACCUGCUCAUAAUCCUGGCCAUUGUCACAGACUCCCGCCUCCACACACCCAUGUACUUCUUCCUCUCCAACCUGUCCUUUGUAGACAUUUGUUUCACCUCUACCACCAUCCCCAAGAUGUUGCUGAACCUCCAGACACAGAGCAAAGUGAUCACCUAUGCAGGCUGCCUCAGCCAGAUAUACUUUUUCAUGGUUUUUAUGGGAGUAGACAACUUUCUCUUGACAGUGAUGGCCUAUGACUGGUUUGUGGCCAUCUGUCACCAACUGCACUACAUAGUUACCAUGAACCCCAAGUUCUAUGGCAGCCUGCUUCUGGCGUGCUGGGUGUUGAGUGUUCUGGACUCUCUAUUACAUGACUUAACUGGUUUUGCAAUUGUCCUUUUGUACGCAGUUAGAAAUCCCUCAUUUUUUUGUGAACUUAAUCAGGUGAUCCACCUUGCUUGUUCUGACACCUUCUUCAAUAACCUGGCAAUUUAUCUUACAAAUAUACCUCUGGCUUUUGUUUCACUCAUAGGUACCCUGUUUUCUUACUCUAAAAUUGUAACCUCUAUUUUGAAAAUUCCAUCUUCCGGGGGCAAGUAUAAGGCAUUUUCCACAUGUGGGUCUCACCUCUUGGUUGUCUCUUUAUUCUAUGGUACAGGCUUUGGGGUGUAUCUUAGUUCUGCUGUUUUGCAAAACUCGAGGACAACGGCCAUAGCUUCAGUGAUGUACACAGUGAUCACACCCAUGCUGAACCCCUUCAAUUAUGGUCUGAGGAACAGAGACAUAAAGCUGGCACUAAGUAAGCUCUUGAGCAGGAAGACAGUCUCUGCAUAG